AUGACUAGAUUAGAUCAAACCUUUAAAACGUCUCUUGAAUAUUGGAAAAAAGUGAAGUUAUCAAAAUCGGGAGGGUUUUUUGCCAUAUAUUCCUCAACGAGUGAUCACUUUCUGUUACUCAACCUAACGGAAGUUUUCAGAGUCCGCGGUUUCCUUACUGUAUCGUACUUGGUACAAAUGGUAUUUUUGACUGUGAAGAUGGUGCUGAACACAUUUAGAGAAGCACGACCACCUGGAAUAUACGAGCAAGAUUGCCUGGAUGAAAUCUGCAAGAGAUUGGGUGAGAUGGAAUGCAUACCGAAAGCUCUUGCGCUACCAUCCAGGGGCCCUGUAUUAGAAGAUGCUGCAAAUAUUAUGACUGCAUCUAUAGGCAAGAGCGCGUCCAGUAAGCAUGGAUCAGAAGAACAUAUCCGAAGUCACGACCAAAACGACUCAACGAGUGGCGAGAGGCCGCCUGCCAAAAAAAAACUCAACAACAACUAUCAUUUUAAAUAUCCUCCAUUCAAUGAUGACGACCCUCACGUUCAUACAAACAUCAUCAACAACAACACCCUCAACAACAUCAAAAACGACAACAACAACAACGACAACAACAGCGCAAAGUCAACGUAG